AAGAGCAAAAGAAGAAAAAGAAAAAGAACGAGCCAGCGAGUCGUGCUGGGAGCCCGCGGGGAAGUGACUUUCGCACGUUUCCGGCCUGCCUGUCUGUCCGCGUCCGUCCGUCCGGUGGUGAGCCACCCCCGGCCCGGCCCGCACGGCCCUCCUCCGUACGCCUCCGCGCCGCGUGGCAGCUCCGCGCCCCGCCGGCCGCACCACGUGUCCGGCUGCCCUUCGCCGGCACCCGCAAAGAUUUAGUUUCCCCCUUCCCGGGCCGCUGUAAUUGUAAACCGCCGGGAGCCCGGGGCCUAUAUUUAUCGAGAAACGCGUGUCCCCAAGGCCGCCGUGAGCGCAGCAUCUGUCUGCCUCUUGAAUUUUUUUUUUUGGUCGCCCCCCUUUGCAAGGGGAGUUUCCAACUUUAAUUUUUAUUUUUAAGCUCCAGCCUAGGACAGCUGGAGAGUACAAACUCCAGGGGAGGGCCCUAUUGUUUUUUUGAAAGCCUUUUGUCUUGGGGCUCUUGCGGUUCCGUGCAAGUCGUCCCCGCAACUCGCGUCCUGCUCCAGCCUCUGCCGGCGUCGCUGGUGCCACCUGUGCGCUGCGGCGCGGGCCACGGCUCCUCGGAGCCCCUUUUGUCCUGCAGUGGGUCCUGUGAGAAGUCCUCCUGGCGGGGCUCGGGGUGGUGGGGGGUGGGGAGAUGAACGCUGCGGCCAGCAGCUACCCCAUGGCCUCCUUGUACGUGGGCGACCUGCACUCGGAUGUCACCGAAGCCAUGCUGUAUGAAAAGUUCAGUCCUGCGGGGCCUGUGCUGUCCAUCCGGGUCUGCCGCGAUAUGAUCACCCGCCGCUCUCUGGGUUAUGCCUACGUCAACUUCCAGCAGCCAGCUGACGCUGAGAGAGCCUUGGACACCAUGAACUUUGAUGUGAUUAAGGGGAAACCAAUCCGGAUCAUGUGGUCUCAGAGGGAUCCCUCUCUGAGAAAGUCUGGUGUGGGAAAUGUCUUCAUCAAGAACCUGGACAAAUCUAUAGACAACAAGGCACUUUAUGAUACUUUUUCAGCCUUUGGAAACAUCCUGUCCUGUAAGGUGGUCUGUGACGAGAACGGUUCUAAGGGUUAUGCCUUUGUCCACUUCGAGACCCAAGAGGCUGCCGACAAGGCCAUCGAGAAGAUGAAUGGCAUGCUCCUCAAUGACCGCAAAGUGUUUGUGGGCAGGUUUAAGUCUCGUAAAGAACGUGAAGCUGAGCUUGGAGCCAAGGCCAAGGAAUUCACCAAUGUUUAUAUAAAAAACUUUGGGGAAGAAGUGGAUGAUGAUAAUCUGAAAGAGCUAUUCAGCCAGUUUGGUAAAACCCUAAGUGUCAAGGUGAUGAGAGACCCCAGUGGGAAAUCCAAAGGCUUUGGCUUUGUAAGUUACGAGAAACACGAGGAUGCCAAUAAGGCUGUGGAAGAAAUGAAUGGAAAAGAAAUGAGUGGGAAAGCCAUAUUUGUAGGCCGUGCACAGAAAAAAGUUGAACGUCAGGCUGAACUAAAACGGAAAUUUGAGCAGCUGAAGCAGGAGCGAAUUAGUCGGUACCAGGGAGUGAAUCUCUACAUUAAGAACCUGGAUGACACCAUUGACGAUGAGAAAUUGAGGAAAGAGUUUUCUCCUUUUGGCUCCAUCACCAGCGCUAAGGUGAUGCUAGAAGAUGGAAGGAGCAAAGGGUUUGGCUUUGUCUGCUUCUCCUCUCCUGAAGAGGCUACCAAAGCAGUCACGGAGAUGAACGGGCGAAUUGUGGGCUCCAAGCCGCUCUAUGUCGCCCUGGCCCAGAGGAAGGAAGAGCGGAAAGCCCACCUGACCAACCAGUACAUGCAGCGGGUGGCCGGCAUGAGGGCGCUCCCGGCCAGUGCCAUCUUGAAUCAGUUCCAGCCUGCGGCCGGGGGCUACUUUGUGCCCGCGGUUCCACAGGCUCAGGGAAGACCUCCAUAUUACACAUCUAACCAGCUAGCACAGAUGAGGCCUAAGCCACGCUGGCAGCAAGGCGGAAGACCUCAAGGCUUCCAAGGAAUGCCAAGUGCUAUACGGCAGUCUGGGCCUCAUCCAGUUCUUCACCAUCUGGCUCCAUCUGGUAAUGCUCCGGCCUCUCGUGGUCUUCCUACUUCCACUCAGAGAGUCGGCGUUCCUGCAGCUGUGCCGAGCCUUGCACCUCGCGCUGCAGUUGCUGCUGCUCCCAGGGCUGUGGCUCCGUACAAAUACGCCUCCAGUGUCCGCAGCCCGCACCCCGCCAUUCCGCCACUGCAGGCACCACAGCCCGCAGUUCAUGUCCAGGGGCAGGAGCCGCUGACUGCCUCAAUGUUGGCUGCAGCACCCCCCCAGGAACAGAAGCAGAUGCUGGGGGAGGGUUUGUUCCCACUUAUCCAAACAAUGCAUUCAAAUCUGGCUGGAAAGAUCACAGGGAUGCUGCUGGAAGUUGACAACUCGGAGCUGCUCCACAUGCUGUGGUCCCCUGAGUCUCUCCGGUCCAAGGUGAGCUGCUUUUCCAGGCCCUGUGGCAUCAGGGCUCAGCUUCAGGGAAUGGGGGUGGGGGCCUUAGAGAAUGCUGGCUUCUGGUCUGUUUAGGCAAAGGUCUGUUGCCCCUGUGACCCUCAGUGCCUCUUGUGGAAUGUGGGCUACUGCUGAAGGUGCCAGCUGUCCAGCACCAGGGCAAACCAGGGACCCUCUACUCAUCCACUGGGUCUGGGUGCCGGGGAGACAGGCAGACGCUCUCCUCCGUCA